AGUUGUUGGGGGAGAACUGGGAACAAGAGGUCGGAGCCUCCUGUCAGCCAGACCAGGAGGUGAUUCACAGAAGGUCCCACAUCUAACUCCCUCCUUACCUAAAUUCGGAAUCGGAGGCUCUGAGAGGAGACCAUACGAUUAUUCUCUCUUGUCUCUCAAGAAUGUUCCUGUUCUGUUGGGUCUGAGAACUAACUCUUUUGGCAAUUUGCUUCUCCAUUUUUGCUGUGUGACACCUUUUUCGAAAAGGCUAUUCAGUAUCCAAGAUACAUACAUUGGAAAAUGAAAACUUGGGCAGUACACUUCUAGUUUUUUUAAAAAAGGUUUUUCUGGAUGAGAAGAGAAGACAGUUGUUGCAAGUAGAAGUGACAUAACAUUUUUUUAGGAUGUCUGAAGAUGAAGAAAAAGUGAAAUUACGCCGUUUUGAACCAGCUAUCCAGAAAUUCAUUAAAAUAGUAAUUCCAACAGACUUGGAGAGGUUAAGAAAGCACCAGAUAAAUAUUGAGAAGUAUCAGCGAUGCAGAAUCUGGGACAAGUUGCACGAAGAGCAUAUCAAUGCAGGACGUACAGUUCAGCAACUCCGCUCCAAUAUUCGAGAAAUGGAGAAGCUUUGUUUGAAAGUUCGAAAGGACGACUUAGGACUUCUGAAGAGAAUGAUAGAUCCUGUUAAAGAAGAAGCAUCAGCAGCAACAGCCGAAUUUCUCCAACUCCAUCUGGAAUCUGUAGAAGAACUUAAGAAACAAUUUAAUGAUGAAGAAACUUUUUUACAGCCUCCUUUGACCAGAUCUGUGACUGUCGGUGGAGCAUUUCAUACUACUGAAGCUGAAGCUGAUCCUCAGAAUACGACUCAGAUAUAUGCAUUGCCUGAAAUUCCUCGAGAUCAAAAUGCUGCAGAAUCAUGGGAAACCUUAGAAGCGGACUUAAUUGAACUUAGCCAACUGGUCACAGAAUUUUCUCUCCUCGUGAAUUCUCAGCAGGAGAAGAUUGACAGCAUUGAAGACCAUGUCAACAGUGCUGCUGUGAAUGUUGAAGAGGGAACCAAAAACUUGGGGAAGGCUGCAAAAUACAAGCUGGCAGCUCUGCCUGUGGCAGGUGCACUCAUCGGAGGAGUGGUGGGGGGUCCGAUUGGCCUCCUUGCAGGCUUCAAAGUGGCAGGAAUUGCAGCUGCACUUGGUGGUGGGGUGUUGGGCUUCACAGGUGGAAAAUUGAUACAAAGAAAGAAACAGAAAAUGAUGGAGAAGCUCACUUCCAGCUGUCCAGAUCUCAGCCAAAAUGACAAAAAAUGCAGUUAAAAACCAAACUUCAGUAUUAUUGGCACCAACUUAUCUAUCCUAAUGAGGACUUUUGCUGCUGUUGGACACUCAACUUUAGAAACAUGAUUUUAUCAAGAUAAUGGCUAUAGAUGUUUAAGUGGGAUUGAACUGUGAUAAGUAGAUAUAUUUUGUUGUUUGCUGGGGUGUUAAUGGAGGUGUUAGAGAUGAAGGGGCCUGGGCUGAGGGUGUAUAAUAUUUGCAGGUAAAGUUUAAAGACUGCCAGGGAGCAGAUUUUCUGCCUGGAAAUGUGAAAACUGAAUCUGUAACUUUAAUAAGGACAUGAGAUGUGUGGAGACCCUAAGGCUAAUAAGUAUAUAUAAAUGUGCUUAUUUGUCUCCUAAAUAUGGGAGAUUAUUUAGGCCUGUUAGGAAAGAAAGGAAUGGGAGUUCAAGAGCCUUUCUUAUCAAAUAGGGAAGUCAGGAUCUAGAGAGGGGCACAGGUGAACUACAUAAUGAUCCAUUUGAUGAACCCUAUUGCAGUUUGGUCCAAUUAUAUUUUCUGGUGAGGGAGACUAAUAGUGUAAGCAAAUGGAAAGAAAGGCUAACUUCUCUUUCAAAUAUAGUAAUAUGUGACACUGUUCCUUCUCUGAACUCUUCCUUCUGCUUCUUUUUAGAUAAAGACAGAAUCUCAAGUGGUAGGAGACAAUAUUAUUAAGCCAGUCACUAAGCUUGCUCUAUCAGCCUGCUUCUUAACACCUCAAAGACUCAGUACCCUCUGCCUUCUUUCCCUUGUCAUUUUGAAAAGUUCUUUGACUUGUGGAGUAAAUUCUACCCAUAUAUAACGAGGGAUUUUCCCAUAAUCUUUAUUUUUUUUUGUAUUGUCUCCCAUCUCUGUUCAUCUUUUCCUCUCACCUGUAGGAGAGAGAGAGAGAGAAAUCUCCAAAUAUUUCCAACAUUGUUAAGUUUGAGCUAAAAAAAUAAGCGGGGGUAGGGGGAACACCACAUCAUUUCUUGGGGCAUCUUCUAAUUUCAAGGGGCUGAUAUACCUGCCACACAGGGAAUCUCUGACCCAAAGUCAUUUCAGCCAGCCCUUGGUGAAGCUAAGAACUAGCUUUCUACUUCACUUCUGUUACCACCACCCUUUCCCCAAGGCUUUGCUAUCCUGUGCUUUCCUUUGCUUUUCACAGCUGCUGUUUCUUUCUAAGAAUGGCAUUCAUGCUUGCCUUUUCUCAAUUCAAGAUGAUGAUGGACACAGCUUGGUGCCAAGACUCAGUCUUGAUGAAGGAUUUGUGGUGCUAAUCCCAACACCUGACAUUGACAGCAAGCAUUGCCUGGCCUGGCCUGGCCUGGCCCAACCCAACCCAAUAUUUGUCUCAAAUAGCAAAUGGUUUUAAAUUUAGAAAAAAAAAAUAAUAUUACAGGUAGCCUUAUCCUCUGCCCCCAACUCAUUUGAUUUAGGAAGGAACCACCUUUUGCCUUACUCUUUACCCUUCUCUGAGGACAGAGGAAUGGGUGCCUACACCAAAGGUGUGAGCUUUCUCUGCUCAGGAGUCAAACAGAUUUAUCAGGCAGUUGAAGGGUUUAUCACUUCUCUCAUGCUGUUUACUCUUAAUAACUUUUAUUGAUUGCUACCUUUUACUUCUGUGUCUAAUCUAAAGAGACCUUUCACUUUCAUACUUUUUGACUCUCACCAAUAAAUUCCAAAGAGAAAAAGCACCAUUUUUAUUGUCACUAAAUAACUAGAAAAUAUCAAGUACUGUAUUGCUACUUACUGACUUGCAUCUUUAAUGUAAUAUCAAGAAGGAAGUACUUUGAAUAUGUGUCAGAUUCUGAUCCAGUAUUUGAUAUUGGAUAUUAUAAAAUUGGGAUAAUUACUUUUGAACUCCACCUUUUUUUUUUUUUCCCCUGACCUUUAUAGUCCCUUUAACAUAGGGUGUUCAAACCAGAAUGGGCACAUAUUUAAAAAAACAAGAUUUCUACACUUCAGUCCCACAGGUGGUUCUAAUAAUGACCAAUCUGGCCUGGUCAGCUAAAAUUAUAAAUUUAAGAUAUAGUUACGUUAAAAUUCAACUGUAUCAUUGAAUUCUGUAACUUGUAGUAUUCUACCCUUAAACGUGGCCCAGUCUUUAUUACUACAUUUUAUUCCCGUUCUACCAACUCAAAAUUGACUAUCCUUUUUAACCCAUAAUCUUAAUUUAACUAGGAACUUCUUAUACUGUUGGACUGGUUUUAUAUUAGGACCUGAAGGAAAGAGGAGGCCUAUAAUUGAAGCUCAUGUUUUGUUUUGAGAUCUCUCAUUUUUACUGAGCCAGUGUGAGACACCAGUAUAUGUGUUCAUAUAGGCCUUUAGUGUUUACUACUCAUUAAGAUUGGAAUAUCACUCCAGCAUUCCUCAUGAUUAGACAAGUUACAGUCCUUUUAAAAAGUUUUGUAAUUUAAAAUUAUUUAGAAAUUGUAUCUAAUUUUCCAAUAUUAGAACCUAAUAGCCAACUUUUUGUAGAAGUUUCUAGAAGCGUUUAAUCAACUAUAAAUCAUAUACCUACAAAAUACAAAGUAUAAGAAGUAUAAAUUAGUAUGACACAGAAUUCAAUCUUAAAAUUGAAUUUAAUGUCCUACAGUAUUAGGUUGAAUCUUCUCUAUGAUUCAUAUCUUAUUUUUACUGCAACAAGUUAAAAGGUGAGGGACACUUUAAGUUCUUAAAAUUUAUAGAGGUUCAUUUAAAUAAAGGCAACACUCCUAAAAGCUUUUUUGAUAUAAUAAUCUGAUAAUUUCUUUGUAGAGCAGAGUGAAACUUUUUGGUUAUAACCCACGUAAAAAAUGCACUUAUAUCAAAACUCAGCAUAUGCAUAAUAGAACAAUACUUACCGUUAUGUGUGGUGCACUCUGAUUUUUUUUUUAUUGUUUUUAAAAUAUGCUGGUUGCAACAUACUAAAUUGAUUUCAUAAUCUACUGAUUGGUUGAGACCCUUAGUUUGACAAAACAAAAAAAACAAAAUCCCUCUCAUUGGAGAACUGAUAUUCAUUGAAUAUCUUAUGUUUGCUAGGCACUUCACUAGGCAUUUUAUAGGUAAGGGAAACGAGUCUCUGAGAGAAUUUAAAUGAUUUACAAAUAGAGGUUAAUUGGGCCUGUUGAACUACAAAAAUUUCCUGUUAGUCUCAUAAUGUGCUGCUUCUGUAUACGAAAUUGAGGUGGGCUAUUCAUUCUGCUUCACCCAACACCCAUGUAUUUUGUAAGGCAGAGUUACUUUGAAAUUAUAUGUGCCAUUUUACUUUUAUUAAAAAAAAAAUCUCAAAGCAGCCUCAAAGUGUUUAAUGGUGGCUAGUGCAGAAAUACAUAGUGCUGAAUUUGGUCUUUGGACUAUAAAAUUAAAAGUGUUUCUAGCCCAUCCACACAUCUAACAAAUUUUCUUAAAGUAAUAUUGUCUAAGACAAAUCUAUCAUAACUCAGAAUCAAAUAAUUGAUAGUAUUAUCAUUUAAAAUGGUACCCAUAGGAAGCCACAUGCUUACUGUAGUGACACUAGUAUUACUUAGAACAUUUUUGAAACUUUUUUUUGGAAUUGCCUCUAAAGAUAUUUUGCAAACCAUAUAAGAAAGCCAUCUCAGUGUUUAUUAGUCACUCUCUGUCAUUGUGACCUCUCCUCUGUUCCUUCCUCAGUUUUGCUUUUCUUUUGCUCUCUUAGCUCUCCUACCCACCUAUGCUGGAGCCAGUAACCUAAGGAUGCUCAGAAAGGGGGUACGCUGGCCAGAGUUGUUGGAGCAAGAACGUUUAGGUUAUACUGAUGCUGAGCGCUGUAAAGGGAGAAUACUACGAGUAACCUGUGGGCUGCCUGCCUGCCCAUAAGUGCCAUUAAGUAGUUUGCACAGGAAUAAGGACUGGAUAAUUGUAAUAUCAAACACAAAAGGUUGAGGUAAACCUAAAAUAUAAAUACAUAAUAUAUAUUUUCUCCAGUGAAAAUACAGAAAACAAACCAAGCCGUACUUUAUGUUAACUUUAAAAGGUCUGUCUUAGGGUCCCUCUUGCUCUUCACUGCUGCUGUAUGAAAUCUUUGGGAGGAACGAUGAAGUAGGACAUUUUUUUCUCUUGUAAUAAAGUAUAAUGGGGCUGUGCUUUCAGGUACUUAUGAAUGUUAGACAAUGUUCAUAAGUAGUCAGAGGCCUAAUAAAAGGUAGGAUGCUUUCCUGAUAGCCUAAAUGAAUGUAAACAGUUCCAGUUCUGUGUGUAGUUUUAUUAACACUUCAUUUUGUUCCUAAUAUGUGGUUCUCACUAUAUUAAUUUGACACAUUCGACAGAGAAACUUCUUGGGUAUUAUAAACUAUUGGUGAUAAAAUAUCCACAUCAAAGAAUUAUUUACUGUGGGAGAAAAGCAAUACAUAUGUGCAAUAUUAACAAAAGAAAUAAAUUGAAAGAAAAGUGAAAAAGGUGUCAAAGGCAAAUGAUUUGCCCAAGAUCAAAGUUAGUUAGCACAAAAGCUAGAAAUAUAACCAUGUCUACAGAAAAAAAAAAAAAAGGCUCAAA